CCUACGAAUUAGUAGCCGUCCGUACUUGCGUUCAAUUUUUUUCUACUUUAGUUCCCUCAGCGUCUUUGCGGCGCGCGUAGUAGUAUCCUUAUUCUUUUGGGCAUUUAUUCUUAAGAGCACUGCUAAAUCUAUCCUACCAUUCGAUACGAUCCUUAUACACAACAUUUUAUUCGAAAAAGCUAGUAGAGUCGCGACAAGAUGGCGACACCGACGCCCACUAAAAGUAUGUCGUCGAGACUACUAACUAUGAAGUUCAUGCAAAGAGCUGCCGUCGCCUCGCCCUCCUCCCCAUCCUCUACCACGCCAACUCCAGACGAACAAUCCUCAAAGCGACGCAAGGUAUCGCAUAUCCCCGCAAACCGUGAUAAUAUCGAUUCCCUGGCACAUAUAGACCAAGCUGCAGUACAAGCUGCGAUUGCCGACGAGGAGAGGAAGCGCCAGGAAGCUGUGGUACAGAAUGCUGCUAAGCUUGGGGACGCGCAUUGGGUGCUUGAUAUACCAGAGAAGACAACAAAUUCUAACCGUGGAAUACAAACACCUCUGAAUGUAGUUCAAGUUGGAUUUGCACAGAUUGAUUCCCCUAUUGACACCUCUGAUGCUGCUGGCUCUGAUGACUUUGAAUCAACUGACGCCUCCCACAUAAGAACCCCAAUGAUUAGGCGGUAUAAUAUGGAUAACAAGAAGGUGUCAAAGGACAGCGAGUCUGAAAGUGACGAUUCUAGCUCUGGGUCGGAUUCUGACAACUCUUCGGACGACAAUGGACGAGGCCGAAAUUCUUAUGGUCAAAAGUCAGAGGGACGGUCGGGAUCAUCUCGUCCGGCCUUGAAAAGCAAGAGAAGUGCCGAACAGAUCAAAGCUAAGCAGUUUGCCGAGAAACGGAGAAAGAAGGAGGUUAAGUUGAAUGGUAUUAAGUCAUCUCCUGCCUCUGGCGGCCCGUUAUCCAUAUCCUCAGGAGGCGGUACUUCACAACGGCAGCCCAUGGAUUUCACCUGUCAUCGCUGUGGCAGACAGGGGCAUAAAAUUGCCCAAUGCAAGAAUACUCCCAAGCGGCCAACAAAUUAGAAUCUGCGCAUAGUGUCUAUUUACAAGCGUUGCUUUACAGAAUGGUAUGUGCUAGCCCUUUGUUUCUAGAUGUGACUUCACUCUCAGGGCCAAGGCAAGUACCUCGGAUGCAUCACCACAUAGGUAGUUUUGCUCUUCACUGCAAAAUUAUUCAUGUUGACAUACUCUCGGAACAUGGCAAUUCUAUCUAAUUAGAUAGAUCUGCUAAGUAGAGCCAAGAAAGAGCACGAGGCGUACCUAUUUGCGUCAUCCUCUUUGUCCAUCCUAGAUAUAGCGUUACAUACGUUGAUCUCUGGGACAGACUUCAUGCGCAGAAUUAAAGGGGUUAUAUACGGGUAGCCACUAGCAUUAGGUGCCACUAUAGGUAGAUAUACUCCUGAGAAGAGAUGUGAUAUCGAAACCUAUCUUAAUUUCUCUUUAGAAUCCUAGGACUAAGCCGAUUAAGCAAGGUCACCCCACGCAAGUGGUUAAUUCCUACCCAUUUUUUC